AACGCAUUAUAAUCCAAGUAGACAUCAUCGAACGCUCACCAUAACGCUGUAUCAGUUUCCUUGCGCACAAAUUCACUUCAGUUCAAAAUGUCGGUAAAGGCAGUGUUUGUUUUGCUAGUUCCGUUGUUUGGAUUGGCCCUAGCCCAGCGAGAACCUUCGCUCGAAGUGAUGAGCGCGCUGAAGGAGCUGCAACCGCGCUACCGAGAAAUUCAGGACUACGCCAUCAACCAGCUGACAGAGGCACGGCUGAACAGCUCCCAAGUUAUCUUUAACUUCCAUACCGAUGUCCUUACCUCAAAAGAUCAGUACGUAAGCAACACGAUCGAAGAGGAGCUGGGUGUGUUGAUGAUUCUCGAUCGGCAGCCGGAAACAGUGGAUCGAACGUGUCUCGGAUUUGUGCGCAGCAGCGUCGAUAUGAACGUGAACCUGGUUGGCGUUUCGUACACUAACUGUAUCGUACGGGUGGACGAUUCGUUGGCUGGUAUUGUAUCGGAGUUUUACAAGACGAUUCAGCAGGACGAAUCACAGUAUACGGGCAGUGGACUGUUUGGGGUGUUUCGAGGAGAGAACAUUUUCCACGCUCCGGCAGAGCUGAUGAAAAAGUUGUCCGAAAAGUUGGAGGAACUUCGCGAAAAUCCGACCUUUAUCGCCACCGAGCUGUUCGACAUGAUAGUCGAGUUCGAGCAGGAGCUAAAGGAGGUAAAGACGGGCUACGACGAAUGUCUAGAGGAUGGUAUGCAGCUGCUCCGAAGUGUGCUGGAGAUUGCCCGCACUCAGGUUGCUCAGGUGUGCCUGGGCCAGCUAGAGGAACCUAUUCCCACGACGACAGUGGCUGCGUAGAUAGAGAGCGCUUUAAGGAGCACCGAAAUUUGAUUCCCUGUAUCAUUGAAUUUUAUACUAACCAACAGGCAGCUGUCAUAAAUAAAAGGAAAAUGCUUUGAAGUCUUCUA